AUGCGGGCACUGCUGGAUAGUGUUCUUAUUGCCGGACUCAUUGGCCUACAUGCUCCAAACGCAGUGGCAGACUCAACUCCUGCUCUGAUUAACCAACGGCAGAACCCCGAACCUGGGACACCACAGUAUGAAUGCCAUGAAAACUGCGGCAACGUUAUCUCUGUCGGCCGCACGCCAAGCCAUUGCGAGAGCGAUAGCUGGACAGCCUACUAUGAGGAGUGUCUCGACUGUGCUUUAGAGUUUGACAUCUGGCGCUUUUAUGAAGCUGGCAUCAGCGCGAUUGCGUCCUCCUGCGGACUGACACCCACACCCUCUCCAGCCGAUGAAAAUGGUGUUUCGUCGGCUUUACCGACACCAACGGUGACUAAGACGAAGUUCCUUUCCGCGACCCACACCAAAGCAUCUGAGGUUCCUGUGACGGAAACGCCGUCCACAACGGAGUCAAAGUCAGAUACCAGUCAGUUGGCUGCUACCUCUGCGGCUGCGCAGGAGACAGGCACAGACAACAAUGCUGCGAGCGACUUCGCAAAGGGUGCACCGCUUCAUAUAGCGGCUUUUGGUACAAUUGUUGCUCUCCUCGGAGCUAUGGGCCUGAUGUGA